AAUAAUAACAAAAAUUAAAAUAAUAAAAAUAAUAAUACUUAAUUAGGAAAAAAUCGAGUAUGACUCAACACGUGCUAAAUAUGAGACUUCCAAAACAUAACUCUAAGUAAAAGUUUCAGCGACGAGAAUAUUUAAAACGAGUAUUUCGAAUGACAAACGUCAUCAUUUAACGGCUCUUGCGCGGAUGAUGAGAAACAUACAAACGAUGAAAUGCUUUCUUAUCACUAACUUGCAUCAAUCUCAUGCCGCAUUCACGAGCAUCUCCCACAUUUCAUGGCAUUAGUUAUUUAUUCAUCUUGCAGGAGAGUUCGAAAAAAUGCGUCUGUCCUCUUGGCUACUUCUGGUGCUGAUAGGUUUGGCUCAGGCGACCAGCGAAUACCAAUGUUUAGACUUUCCUAUCGAGGACCAGUGUAUUAUUGAACAAAUUUCGUAUCAUCCAGGAAAACAAAUAACUUUUCCCGCUGGGUAUCGCCACAUUCGAAUCGGUUUUGCCAAGAAACAAGUCGAUGGGCUUCAUUCGAACGUAACCGCUUUGGAUGACCAGUUGUAUCAGGCUAUGCACCGUCCACCAAUUUUGGAGAUGGAAAAUGUUGGAAUGGAUCACCUGAUUGUGCCGCCGGAUUUGUUGCUGGGAAAUUUCGCGCGUAAUGCUUUCCAGAGUGUAGAAGUGAACUACUCCAAGUCAUAUACAAUCACAUUCCUGGAUUUGGACCACAACCGAAUUCAAAAUAUCAGCAAUAUCAGUGCUCUAACCAAUCUCGAGAAGCUUCAUCUAGUCGCAAAUGCGAUAGAGACUAUUGAUGGCACUGUAUUCGCUCCAUUGAUCAAACUGAAGCGAUUGUAUCUCGGCUCCAACCACUUGGUUAUUCUUCCGUGGGAAACUCUCCCAGUGACAUUGGUUUAUCUGGACUGUUUCGAUAACUGGUUAGAGAAUGUAAAUUUGCAAAAUGUGACAUUGCCUGCAUUAGAAUAUUUGAACAUAGAUAACAACAACAUUCAAUCGUUAAACGUUACGGAACUACUGCUGGCAACCCCGAAACUAGAGCAGGUAUUUCUGCAUCUAAAUUUAAUCGAAUCGAAAGAAUUGAAUAAAAUUGAACAAAUAUUAGAAAAGCACAACAUAAUUUAUAUGCAAACUGAUGAAUACUACGAUCGUUACUGCUACAAUUACGACGGGUUUGUUGAAGGACAUUGCCUAAGACGUAAGACGCAAAAAAGCGUUUAUAAGGCUAUUCUGCAGUCGAUGGUUUGCCUAGCGGUUGGAGUUCUACUCGUUGGAAUACUAUAUUGGGCGUAUAAAGAGGUCCGACGAUAAACGUUUCAAUUGAAAAAUGCACUAAUCCUUUAACAAAUGAUACUGUCUGGUUCAAUCGCAACUUAUAAGGAGAUGUAACUGUUGAACAUGUCAUGUAUGAAAUAGAUAUUCUCAUUUAAAAUUAUUAGAAUAAGUCGUAUUUGUUCUAUAAAUAAGUGUAUCACGUUAACAGAAUUGGCCCAUAUAUGGAGGCUUCCGGGUUACAUAUAUUUCAUGCCAAUCGAAUUAGGCUAUGUUGCCCACAUGAACACUGGCUAUGUGAAACCGAGACCAUCAUCGGAAUGGUUGGUUUUUUGUAAGAAAUGUACUUGGCCCGGUCAACAGUAAAAGUAUGCGUCCGUCAGUCAGUGUCUUGCCGGCACAAUUGACAACUCCCAUUGAAUUUUGUGUGCGUUUACUACCCGAAACAUUCGAUUAUAAAAGGACAACUCACAUUUUUGCAUCAGAUCGCGUAUUCGUUCGGGAUUGUGGGUCCGUGUUAUUUCAAUCGAUUUUUUUUGCUGUCGAUUUUUUUUUGCUGUUUGAUACGAAUUUAU